UUUGUCCAUUUUAUGUUGCUUAUCUACAUUAUUUAACCUGUUAAUAUUUGUAGCAUCAUGUCCACUGUAAAUGAUUAAUAUUUCUAUAAGUUAAGAACCGCUUAAGUUAAGAAUUUGUAUAUUGAAGCUCUAAAGAAAGCGGAACUAAAUAAGCUUUUUCCAAAAAAAGAAGGGAAGCCGUUCUUCAGCGUACAAGCUUCGAACCGGAAGUGGUCAUGGAAGUUUCUUAAAUGCGAUAUGAAUUUUGUUUUCAUGCUUAAAUUUGAUAUGAACGACUUUUACUUUUUACGAAGUUAAUAGGCAACAUCAUUUGACAAUGGAUGACAGGAGACGACACAGAGAAUCUCCUGUCCGGGAUGUAAAGAUAAAAAUUAAGCAAGAAAAAGUGAGUCCCGCGCGGCCUCCGCGGGUCCGCCGGUCCAGUUCAGGCUCCAGCCGAGGAAGCAGCAGCCCUCCCCCGAGACAACGAGACAGCAGAUCACCUGUCAGAAGAAAGGACAGGUCGCCAGCGAGGAGAGACCGUUCAUCAGGCAGACCGCAGGAGAGGUCACCUCGACCCCGGAGAAGUAGAAGCCCACACCACAGCACUGACAUUACGAUAAACCGGGAGCAAGAUGAUCACCGAGGAUCUGAAAGUCAUCGUGAGAGAAGGGACAAUUCAGAUGAUCGCAGGAUGAAAAGGGAGGGAGAGCGGCCUCGGCAAAGAGAGAGAGACAGAGAGCAGAACAGAAAUAGAGGAAGAGAACGGGAUGCCUACAUACAACAGCACCAGCAGGCUGAGAGAGAACGGCAUAAUGAACGGCGGCGGGAGAAUCGCCUCAGACAGAGUGGCAGUGGUAAUGAGGAGCAUGAGUUUGGCGGUGAAAACACUGAUGAUUCUGCACCUGCAGCCGAGAAGGAAAAGCCCAACUUUGAACUAUCAGGUGCUUUGGUGGAAGACACUAAUACAUACAGGGGGGUGGUGAUCAAGUAUAACGAGCCUCCGGAGGCCCGGAUCCCUAAACGAAGAUGGCGUUUGUACCCUUUUAAGAAUGACGAGCCGCUUCCAGUCAUGUACAUCCACAGACAGAGUGCGUAUCUACUUGGACGACAGAGGAAGAUUGCAGACAUUCCUAUCGAGCACCCGUCUUGUUCCAAACAGCAUGCUGUUUUUCAGUACAGAUUAGUGGAGUUCACACGGGCGGAUGGCACCAUGGGCAGGAGAGUGAAGCCGUACAUCAUCGAUCUGGGUUCUGGUAAUGGAACAUACCUGAACAAUCAGCGUAUAGAACCGCAGCGUUACUACGAGCUCAAAGAAAAGGAUGUGCUGAAGUUUGGCUUCAGCAGCAGAGAGUAUGUGCUCCUUCAUGAGUUCUCCGACACGGCCGAGGUUGACGCAAAGAGGGAGGAUGAAGAGGAUGAAGGCCUGGAUGAGUAGUUCUCGCCUCAUCGUUUACCAAAGUUACCUGUUUUGUGCUGAACUCUUUGAAAGAGUUUCAUUGGUAGGGACAGAACCAGCAUGAAUUUAUUGAUUCCUGCCCAAGUUGUCUGUAUGACUCUAUUCUCAGGUGGAUAGUUUUGUAUCCAAUAAAACGGUGUGUACAAUGUUGUUCUUCAAAGCAAGUGCUCAAUGCCAGAACUAUUUCAUCUUCAGAAAAUGUCCAGAUUUGGUUACUGUAAAUAUAUACUGGAUGUAUUUGAUGUGAUUGUUUGUUUCAUGUCUUUUAGUUUAUUGUCUUUGUGACUAGAUACAUUCUGUGUGCUAGUUAGAUGAACUAGUCUUUUUUGCACACCCAGAUUAUCAUCCUCAUGGUUAUGGAGACUCAUUUGAAUAUUGCUAAACAAAAGAUGGUAUUUUACUUUAAAUAUUUUAUUUUCACUCACAGUACAUUUAUAUUUGAUUUUUAGAUAUUUUGUAUUGUAAAAUAAAGAUGUAUAAUAAUGAAUGAUGGGUUUUUGAUUGACUGCACACAUUGUUAAGAGUAAAUG